AUGGCAACCAAGGACAGCCAAGUCCUUGGUGGCAAGCGAAUGGCUCUGUUGAACCUGCUCGAGCUUCCGCGAACAGUUGGAACUAGGUUGCUGGAGCACAUUUCCAAGUUGGGCCCACAGACAACAUUCUCAGAUGAAUGUUGGGCAAGCAAAAAGCUGCAACCAGGCACAGCCCCUCGGCUUGCGAACAAACAGUGGAACCAGAGAUUGACUGUGACUGGUGACGGCGUGUCCUUGAUGGUUGAUGCCAUCUGCACACAGCAAGAGGAAAGGUUGCCUGUUGCCCGCAGGAAGGUGGGUAAGGACGAGCUUGAAGAAGGUGUGCUGCAUGCACAGAUGGUGCUGUGGAUGGAGCAGGCCGUGACAGAGAUGGGCAUUCCCUCCUCCCAGGUGACAUUUCGCGAGGAUUUCAUCAAGCAUGACCACCACUUGGUGUUGGAAGUGGCAACAGCCGUGUCGGAGAAGUCCACCAAGUUCGAUCUUGCAGAGAUGUCUUGUGUUCAGAAGCUGCUCAAGGCUCACCGAGCAGAUGCACAUGCAGCCUUGGGCACCCAGGUCGAUUCACACAAGAUUCAGGCAGCAAAUCUGGAGAAGGAGGAGAUGGACCUCGUCAUGAAGAGCAUCGAGCAUGACUUGCGCCUCUACUCUGUGUGGCAGACCAAGUGUGACGACAGAGAUGCGGCAAUGUUCCAUGCCCAGUUGCAGCAUCGCGUAGCAAGGCAGCAUCGAGCCAAGGAGGCCUCAAAAUCACUUCUGUCACUUGACUCAGAGUCCUGGAGGGCUCAAGUGGUGACCUUGAGCACGAAGGCCCAUCUGAAUGCUCGCAAAUUGCAAGAAUGCCUUAGCAGCGUCGCCAAGAAUCACAAUCUUGCAGUUUCCGAUGUCCGAGUACUGGCAGUGGCCAACUGGGCAGCACCAAGCUUGCUGCAAGCAGAGGGCCAACGCCAGCAGGCCAGCCUCCUUGCAAUCAUAGUCAACAUGACCGACAGCCAGAACAUCGGGCUCGUUCUGACGCCAGGGCAUGUCAACAAGAAGGGGAUGCUGUGGAAGGAAGAGGAAGAAUGCAGGAAGUUGAUUGUCAACUCCAAUUUGAAUUCCGACUACCACUUCGCGAUGUGUUUCGCUGGCCGAGGAGAUAUCCGAGAUCAAAGGACUGGGGGGCAUGUGUGGCGAAACACAGACCUGCUCAAAAAGGGCUGUGUCACUGAGUUGGAGAUGAACCAAGACUUCAUCACUAUCGAGGACUUGGCAGAGGACGCAGCCCCCACAUCGACACAAGAGUACUUUCAGGUGAGCAAAUCAGAAAAGGUGCAGCAGCUUGGCUGCUCAGCCACGCAGCAGCUGUUGAAGUCUGCGCUCACAGGGGUGACUGCCCGGAACGGCAGCAAGCCUGUAACUCUCGUGGUGGACCUCACAAUGCACACGUGUGACCUGGGCAAGGGGUUUCUCCAGGAGCACUUUGCUGGCACAGCAAACCAGCACAUGUAUUACUUGGGCUUUGCUGAGAAUGAGGCAGAGGCAGAGUGGGGCCAGCAGCACAUCAUUGAGCUUCUGACAAGCAAGUUCCUCCUCAAGGAAUGGAAGCCCCCAGUUGCACUGGGAUCGGAUGAGCCAGAGGAGCAAAUCACAUCACCUCCUCAGCCACGGCUGACUUUGUUGGCAUGGUGCAACAAAUCCAAGGCCAAGAAUGGCCUUGCCUCGGUAAGGACACCCGACAAAGUGCUGAGGCAGUGGUAUGAUCAUGCAGAGCAUGGCCCAGCUUUCAAGAAGUUUCUCGAUGAGGCACGAGAGAAGCACCCUCUCGACCUCCCAGACAAGGCCAGAAGCGAGUCCAAGGUGGCCAUGAUGAAACCA